CGCGCGCCUGCGAGACAUGUCAAGCAGUGCAUGUGCUACUGUGCUUGUGCAGCAAGAAAAACUGACAGUAUUUCAUGAAUAACAAUCCCCCAAUGAGACCACCAUCAUGAGCAAGAACAGCGACCAAGCCAUGUCGUCCAGCAGCAACAACAGUUUCUUCAACCUGAUGGGUUUCAUCAAGAAGAAACCGCCGCUGCCGGAGGGCUGGAUCGUCAAGCAGUCCAGCACCUACCCGGACCGCAUCUACUUCUUCAAUGUACGGACCGGCGCAACCACCUGGACUGCCCCAGGAGCCAUGUCAAGCGACACUGGAUCGACUAUCUCGGACACGAGUGACAAACCAUUGCGGUCGAAGACCAGAGCAGCCCACCCCGCAACAUCUCAGACUCCAAGUGGUGUACCAGCAUCCAGCAACACCAGGCGGCUGCCAACACCCACGCACCCAGGCAACAAGCCCCAGCCCUCCAGGGUCACGAGUCCCCCCGCGAAGGGCAGAUCAGAAAGUCUUGGCAAACAUGCAAGUAAAAUCAAGUCCCCGUCUCCAGUCGCCUUGAAACGGGAGGACUGGCUCAAGGUCCAGCACUUCAAGCUGACCAACAUGUCCAGGAUCCAGAAGGCCACCAAGAGGCGGCUCCAGGAGGAGAAAGUCAGGAUGGUCACCCCCUCGCCUCCCUGGGGCAUCCCCUUGAAAGGUUCCCACCCAGCGGGCACCCUGACUCCGGAGUCCCUAACCCCCAAGUCCCUCACGAGCCCUAACGGCCGUGACGCAAGCUCUGUAUCCUCCCGGAGUUCCAAGCUCGGUUCUCCCGCGAAAUCCAAACCCCUGCGAGGCUCUCCGACAAACUCUAAGCCCCAACAAGUCCGGAAAAAGAGAAGCUUUGAGUCGGAUUCAUCAGACAGCCAUGCCCUGGACUCGAGAGCCAAAUCCAAGCAUCUUAAGGCGACCAUCGGUCAAAAGCCUCUAUCAGACUCCCGCAGUGAGGCAACUCCAAGACUUCCAACUACAAGAAACUCUAGCAAUAACUCAGGUAAGACUGUGGUGAAACAGCCACAAGGGACCACCCCAGCCGACAAAAGAGACCUCAGGAUACACAUGGAGAGAUCAAAACAGCUCAAAACGGUGCCCCAGCAACCCCAAAGAGAGAAGCAAGCCAGCAGAAACCAAGCCGCCAAGUUGCCUUCCGCCCCAACCUCCGCUCCCAAGCUACCCCCAACGGCAAACCACACGGGCAAACCCGGGUCUGAAUCCUCCGCGAGUGUUGCCAGCAGAGAUUCUCAGCCCUCAUCAAAGCCCAAGAAGACGAGCAGGGCCAGUUGGAGGAGGAAGGAAUUCAAGGCAUCCGCGAAAGAAAUCAACUGCAAAGGAUCCAACAUCAGCUUUGUCAAGAAUUAUGUCAGUACGGUCGCAGCCAACACCAAUAGUGCAGGGAAUUCCUCAAGCUGUGGGGUUUUUAACAAAGGUCCAGGUGUAAGCUCUUUUCCAGCCGCAGAGGAGGAUGACGAGUUGUGCCAGAUGGAGAUUGACUUUCCAGAUGAUACUGUGGACACCGGUGGAAACUCCGACAACAAGAAUGUACAUCUGGGUCUUCGGGUUGUUCUGGACACCAAUGUCCUCAUGCACGAUCUGAAAUUUGUGAAAGACUUGCUGGAUAAGAGGAUUCAGGGGCUUGGCCUGCCGACUCUUGUCAUUCCAUGGGUCGUCAUGCAAGAACUGGACAGCUUGAAGAUUGGAAGCACAAAAGGCGGUGCAGCGUGGAACGCAGUCCAGUUCCUCCACAAGUGUGUCAUGAAUGAACAUCCCCGGGUCAAAGGUGAACCUAUGAGAAAGUCAUCCGAGGAGGCGGAUUUUGAGAUCACCUGCAACGAUGAUUGGAUUCUACAGUGCUGUCUACAGCAACAAAAGAUAGUUGGUAAGGAUCUUGUGGUUCUCCUGACUAAUGACAAGCAUCUGUGCAGUAAGGCUGUCAUCAGCAGCAUCAAGGCAUUCAGUAAAGAGACACUGCUGUCUGGUCUUGAAGCAUUGUCGGACAUCCUACAGCAUAGGCCCCCCUUGCCCCCGGUCCCCACCGACUCCCCUGCCCCUGAGACCCAUCGGCCAAGGACACCGAUUGAAUCUCCACUCACAGCCAACGCAGAAAAAGAACUGUGUGAUGAGUUGAUUUGCCAAGUCAAAGAGACACUCCUGCAGGGUCUGACCGUGGUGCUGGAAAAGGAGAUGAAAGAUGCCUAUGAAGACCUCUGGACAGAGAUUGUCAUCAUAAAGCCGCCCUGGUCGUUUAAUGAUGUGAUGCAGUGCUAUGAAAAGCAUUGGAUUGCUGUCUUUGGGUUCUUCCUCAACAGAGAAGACAGGCGGCACUUUCAGCAAAUCGUGGAACUGACGAGCAUAUUGAACGUUUCACUGGACAGUGUGAAGCGACUCAUUAACAGCAGUGUGUACUUCUGUCGGAGGUUACAUAAUCAGAAAAGAUACGGCACUGCCCUGGAACAGCCCAUUCUGAGAUUAGGAGACUUCAAGAAGCGUUGCCUAGCUCCGUCGCCGGAGGGAAAGCAGUCUCCAAAUCAGGCGUUGCCCAGUGAGGACUUGGCACUGAAACUGAGUGGUGCCACGGAAAUCGUUCCCAUCGUCUUUGAAGCAGUUUGGCUGAAAAUUUGCCAGUUGAGUGCGCUGAUCUUCGAGGGUCUAGGCAUUCCCCACGAUCUUGAAACGGACAAGACGUCAGUGAUCCCCUCGGCGCUAGAAUGCCAUGCUUGCCUGGACAUACUCUGCCCGCUGUUGCAGCAAAUCAUCAAAGCUUUGGAAAGGGUAACAGAAAUACCGGACAGCUGUAUCGGUGAAACACCUCUGCCGUUUGAAAGACUUUGCCAGACGAUGCAGAUCUUUCUUAGAGAGUUCAUAUCGCAUGACAGGGAGAGAUACGCAAGUCUUACGACGCUGGCGCUGCAGAAGUUCGUCAUGGUCUACAGCAACAGACAGUUGCUACGGAACGGCAUAGUCCAAUUGGCCAACGCCCUCACCAGGUUGGCACAGUGUCAUGGCGUCUCGUCGUGACCUCUCAGGUGACCUUUGACAAUGUUUAUCCAAGCGUUUUUGGAGCGCUGAAAGUGGGAUAAAAGCUAUUUCCAAACAAACCUUGAUUUUCCAAGUACACUAUCUAUGCGCUGUAUGUUUGUUCCACUCAUUCCAAGAUAUCAGGGUGAGUGGGCAUUAUGGGAAGCCUAGAUCUUGCCUUUUUUUUGUCAAAAAGCGAUAUUCUACAUAGGCCAUCAGCCUGGGUCCAAA